ACACAACAGUGACGUCAAAUUACACUUUUUUUUUCUUUUUAGCCUACUUUGAUAUUUAUUUUCUUUAUUUUUGUCGGAAUCAUAUGUAAUGAAUUUAUCUACCUAAUUAGUAUAAAGGUUUUUUCAAAUGUUUGGCAUAACCAGAUUUCAUUAAAAGCUCACGACCUUCAAGAUUGACCUCUAAACAAUAGCUCGUCAAUAGAAAAUUGUACGCAUGCGUAAAUUUAUGUCAAAUCGUGUUUGGCGCGCUGAUAAGCCGUGCUGUUGAUCACUUGAUCACUAUGAAACUAUUUUUUUUAGUCGCGCGGCAGAUAUCAUACAUUUCUCACGUUCCCUAUAAUAUUUUGCUGUUACGUUUCUAACUACGAAGAUGUCGAGUGACAAAACGGAUUACUAUAGAAAAAUGGCACGACAAAAUGGUAUUGUGCAACCUCUACUAACUGAUCUUUACCAAAUAACUAUGGCUUAUGCAUACUGGAAAUCUGGGAAAGUAAAUGAUGUGGCUGUUUUUGAUUUAUUCUUUCGAAACAACCCCUUCCAGGGGGAAUUCACAAUUUUUGCAGGACUUGAGGAAUGUCUAAAAUUUUUACAAAAUUUCCAUUACUCCGACAGUGAUAUAGAGUACUUGACCCAAACUUUGCCUGAUAACAUAGAACCUGAGUUUUUUGCUUAUUUAAAAGAUUUGACUUGCAAGGACAUAAAGCUUAGCGCCAUAGAGGAGGGAUCAGUUGUUUUCCCCAGAGUUCCACUUCUACGGAUAGAAGGCCCCCUUAUUAUAACACAACUCUUGGAAACCACUUUAUUGACACUUGUUAAUUUUGCUAGUCUGAUGGCUACAAAUGCUGCUAGAUAUCGUAUGGUCGCUGGGAAACAUGUAUCAUUACUAGAAUUUGGACUGCGGAGAGCCCAAGGACCUGACGGGGGACUCUCUGCUUCGAAAUACGCUUAUAUCGGUGGUUUCGAUGGGACAAGCAAUGUGCUCGCUGGCAAAAUGUUCAAUAUACCAGUAAAGGGCACGCACGCACACUCGUUCGUGACGUCGUUCAGCACGCUGGCGGACGUGUCCGCGGUGUCGCUGGCGCACGCACACACCCACGAGAAACGUGACCUGCUGGCGCUGGCCUCCGACUGGCGCCACAAAGUGUCCGCGGUCAUUGACAUAUCCCCCGAGGAAGCCAGUGACGGAGAACUCGCCGCCCUCAUAUCAUAUGCCAUAGCUUUCCCGUCAGGUUUCUUGGCUCUAGUGGAUACGUACGAUGUCAAGAGGUAUCAUUUUCAAGGCUUACCCACACGACACAGCGAGCAUAUGAAUGGGCAUUCUGGCUACAAUAGCAACUGUGGAACCAAUGGUCCUAGAAUACAAAAAUCACCGGUACAUAGUACAUAUGGAUUUAGCACGGUCGAACGCACACUGAGGAGUGGGCUUCUGAAUUUCUGUGCCGUUGCGCUUGCGCUCAAUGAUUGCGGGUACCGGGCGGUGGGCAUCCGGAUCGACAGCGGAGACCUAGCGUACUUAUCAGUACUCGCGAGGGAGACAUUUGAACAAAUUGCCGAGGCCUUUAACCUGCCCUGGUUCGCCAAAUUAACGAUCGUGGCCUCUAAUGACAUCAACGAGGAGACCAUUCUUAGUCUCAAUGAACAAGGGCAUAAGAUCGACAGUUUUGGUAUCGGGACACAUUUAGUAACGUGUCAACGGCAACCUGCCUUAGGCUGCGUCUACAAAUUGGUGGAAAUAAAUGGCCAGCCACGAAUCAAACUGAGCCAAGAUGUCGGAAAAGUCACUAUUCCCGGUCACAAAGAGGCGUACAGACUUUUCGGAGCCGAUGGACAUGCUUUAAUAGAUUUGUUACAACGAUCGUCCGAGGCGCCGCCAGAAGUAGGACAAAAGGUGCUUUGUAGGCAUCCCUUCCAGGAAUCCAAGAGAGCGUACGUCAUACCCAGCAAAGUGGAACAUUUGUACAAGGUUUACUGGAAUGAUGGCCGCAUUUGUGUAUACCCAAAGCCAUUGCUUGAAGUAAGAGAAAGAGUGCAAUCGUCGUUGCGUACUCUACGACAAGAUAUCAAGAGGAAUUUGAAUCCCACGCCUUACAAGGUGGCGGUGAGUGACGAUUUGUACAACUUCAUUCACGACUUGUGGCUACAAAAUGCGCCAAUUGGGGAGCUCUCGUGAAAUUUGUAAGCUUUAUAAUCACAUGUAACGACUCGUCAGGAAUGGAGCUUAUUUUUUAUUAGGGUUUGUAAUUAGUAGUUGAAAAGAACAAAAGUUACAUUUUGUGUUUUUCGAAAGUUUCAAAUCUACAUGUAAAAUAUACCUGAAUUUCGAUAGAAGCAUUUUGUGGUUCGACCAAAAUUAAAUAUCUAUGGAUCCCUUUCAUUAUGAACAUGUUGCGUCACUUUUGUAUAUAUGUUACAAACAAAUAUCAAUUUUGUAUUCUUACAUAUAAAACUCAAAAUUAUUAAUCGAAGGAGAAAUAAAAAAAAACUUGUAUAUAACAUAUUAGUUAAAUACGCAAGUUUCAUUCUGAAUGUAAUAUUCAGUAUUUUACAUGUCGUGUUGAAAGCUUUAAUACGAGUAUCGAACAAUAAAUGGGACUAGUUCUCGUUUUCUAAGGCGUAUGUCAGACAGAAGGAAUCUUUAUCAGUGUUAUUCUAGUGUAAUAAAUUAAUUUUGUGCUGGCUUUAUCUGAUUGGCACUUGGUCCAAAUUCUAAACAAGAAUAGAGUUCCGUGCUAAAUCUCCGUCAUUUUCCAUAGUCAUACUAAAUCUAACAGCCAUACAAAUAUUAUACAUGCAAAAUUUCAAUCUGUAUGGCACACUUUCACGGCUAAACCGCUGGACCCAUAUGAAUGAAAUUUGUAAGAGAUAAAGCCCACGGUCAAACAUACUAUAGUGCAGGCUGUCGUCAUACAAUACUUAUUUCCAUAUGUCUUAUAGCACUUAAAAAUACUUAAUUAUAGAACGGCAAUGUUAGAUUAUUUUAAAGCAGAUUUUAAACCCUAUUUAUUUUAUAGUUUAAUAUGAGGUUUUACUAUUGUUUAAGUAAUAAUUAAUUAAGAUGUAGUUAAUAGUAGUACUAAUACCUGCUCACAAAUAUUGCUUAAAAGCACUGAAUAGAUUAUGCGUGUGUACGUGGAAAAAAUACCACUAGAGCAAAAAGUCCCACAUUUCAUGUGAAUUUUAAAUAAUAUUGGAGUAUGUACGAAUAAUGUCAGUUUAUUGUGCUAGUCAUGUUAAACAAUGUUUUAGAUGGAUAGUUUAUUUUGUUCCAUGAAUAAAUAGCAUUCCUUAUUCUACUUCAAAUGAAAAGAGAGUGACCAAAGGAGCAAAGUGAGUUGUAGAAGCUUGAGUAUGGUAGUAUUGGUAGUUAUUAUAGUGGGUGCCUUCAUAACUCACUAUUAUGAAACCCUCGUCUAGCCUUAUUUUUACCAUAGGUGUAAGUAUAAGUGAAUAAUUAGUUUCUCACAGAAUUUUCUGAGAGACAUAUACAAUCCUAACAAAAGAGAGAUACUUGGAACGCAUUGUACAAAUUUGUAUUUAUAUUUUUACAUUUAAGUAGCGCAUUUAGCUUGGCCAUUAUGGAUAAGAUGUUUACGUUGUCAACAUAGGAGGAUUUUAUACCACAUAAAUAUAUUUUUACAUUUUUUUUAUUUCUUUGCAUUAUGAAUGUAUUUUAUAUGUAUUUAUGUGAGGUAAAUUGUUGAAAAGAUUUUUUAAAUUAUUGUUGUUGUGAAAAAUAUUUCGUAAUUCUAUGUACAAGAGGAAAUGGCGUGCUAUAAUGAAAUCAGCUAUAGUGGAAAAGGUUUGGGAAAAAUUCAUAGAAAUUUAUAGAUAUAUGUGAUAUAUGUUAGCAUCUUGCGAUUUGACUCUUAGCGUUAAGUAUUUUGAAAUGUACAUGCUCGAGUUAUUAAUUAUUACUUAACCUUUGUUUUAAUAAAGCAUAUAAACCUAUAAAAUGUUCGUGCAGUAAGAUAUGAAUAUCCAGUAAAUAAAGUAGCUCCUAUUAAAAAAAGUUAAGGCCUACUUUAAGUUAAAAUAUAUUUUGUCUUGUUCCCUCAUUGUCAAAUAUUGAUCAAGUUCGAUAGUGACAAAACAUAUUAACAUAAAGUAGUAAAGUUUUAACUUUUCUAUGAUUUAGUGGAUAAGCUUCUUAUUAGAUAAGCUAUCCAAAAAACAAAAUACAAAGUUACUAUUAAAAAAGCGUCCAGUACAUAAAGUGCAUAAUCGUAAAACAUCAAAUUGGUAUAAAUUGUGAAAUCAAAAAUAAUUUAUUGCCAAAUUGGUAAAAGAGAUGUGUAAUUAUUGUACGCAGUGAUAUCCGCAGAGGAUUUGUGUUUAAUAUUUUAAUUACAUAAUUCCGUGCGUAAAUUAAUCUCAUUCCGUAACAGCUGAUUUUUUUCUAAUACAUUGUACUUACUUUGAUACACCAUUAUUUUUAGGAGUUUGUGUCACAAUUACUGUGGUAUAAUGUUAUCUCUGGCCUACAUGUAUAUAUAUUUUUGAAUGUGCCUUUAAACAAACAUAAUAAAUAGCAGCAGUUUAUUAUUGUAAAAUUAAUUAGCGCAUGUUUCUCCUAGACUAUCAUGUGUCGUAUAGAAAUAUUAAUAUAUAAAGAACUAUUUUGAGAA